GAUAUUUGUAUGUAAAGGUCGAAACGCGCAUUGUAUUGCGCCGCUCCGGUGCUUGCCAUUCUGCAAUUCGACCGACGCCAUGUCCAAGCAAAGCUGCGCGUUGUGCUGCUCGAUGCUCUCGGCCUUUGGUGUCAUCUUCCUCGGGCUCCUCGGCUUCCUCAUGCAGAGCCAGCCGCAGUACAUCAAGAGCCUCGGGAAGGACGUGACCGCCGGCCCCGUGUACAACACUGCGAUCGUGUACGCCGGCGUGUUUGCGGCGUCGAUUGCCGUCUACUUUGUCGAGGCGCGCAAGACCGACGAAGGCAGCUCGGCGUACGAGCACUUGCAGAUGAGCGAGCGCGUCGAAGGCGUCACGAACGAGAAGACGCCGCUUUUGAGUAGGUAACUUGUCGGCGCGCCGCGGCAAGCAUCUUGGCGUCGCUGACCUUCUGUAGAUGAGGACGAAUAGCUGGCAACGUACUUAUAUAAGCGAUUUCGUUUCGUCCGCGUCCAGUCCUCGCUCUUGUCGUUGCCGCGUUUUUGAAUACCACGACGUCCUUGACCCUGUGAA